AUGAAAAUUCUCUUAUUCUUGACAAUCGGGGUUUUAGCUUGUUUGAAGCCUUGUGAAGGUAAACGCUAAAUAGUUUGUAAGCAGGCAUUAGACUUUGAAAAAUCUGAAGAAAAUGACAUAAAUUGUGUUGAUUGUGGGGAAGUUUGUGAAGGAGUAAAAAGCGUAAAAGACUCUAACAGUAGGUUUUUGAUUCUUUAUCAUAAAUAUAACCAACCUUCUUGCCAUGUUUGUAUGCAGCUAGGAUAUUGUGAAGAAAGCGAAUGUGUUGAGGACACAUUGGAUAAUGAAAAUGAGAUAGUUAUUUCUGUGAAUUCUGAAGAAUUGGAGUAUUUAAAAACUUUUCCAAAUAAUCUGCAAACACAGGAGAAUAUUAAAACUGAAGACAUUCGGAAAGGUAAACAGUAAAUAGAACUUCAAAGAAAUGAAGAACGACUGACAUAUUUAUCGAAGCUUAUAUUAAAUAAAUAA